UCUUAUGACCGGUGCUGAAGCGCCGAGUCCUGGGUUUUGCAGCGUUGUGGUCGGUGGUCAGCGGCGCCCUUCCCCCGGUUCCGCGAGGCCUUUCUCUGCUGUCGCUGCACUUGUCGCCGCAGCAGCCUGCUCUGCGGGAUCAUGGUGUGCUUCCGCCUCGCCCCGGUUCCGGGAUCCGGGCUCCUUCUGCUCUGCCUCGUCCUGGGAGCUGUCUCGUCUUAUGCAUUGGAACUUAAUUUGACAGAUUCAGAAAACGCCACUUGCCUUUAUGCAAAAUGGCAGAUGAAUUUCACAAUACGCUAUGAGACCACAGACAAACAUAAUAAAACUGUAACCAUUUCAGACCUUGAUGCUGCAACAUACAGUGGAAGCUCUUGUGGGGAUGACCAGAAUGGUCCCAAAAUCGCAGUGCAGUUUGGAUUUGGUUUUUCCUGGAUUGUGAAUUUUACAGAGGAGAUGUCUUUUUAUUCAAUUGACAAUAUCUCAUUUUCCUACAACACUAGUGAUAACACAACAUUUCCUGAUGCGAAAGAAAAAGGAAUUUUUACUGUUUCUAACCAUGUGGCAUUCAGAGUUCCAUUGAAUGACAUCUUUAGAUGCAAUAGUUUAUCAACCUUAGGAAAGAAUGAUGUUGUCCAGCACUAUUGGGAUGUUCAUGUACAAGCUUUUGUCCAAAAUGGCACAGUGAGCACAAAAGAGUUUUUGUGUGAUAAAGAUAAAACUUUAACCACAGUGCCGCCCAUCGUUCCCACCACUGUGCCAUCUCCUACUACAACACCCUCGCCAAAGGAAAAGCCAGAGGUUGGAUCCUAUUCAGUUGUAAAUAGCAAUGGGACAUGUCUUCUGGCUACCAUGGGGCUGCAGCUGAACAUUACUCAUGAUAAGGUUGCUUCGGUUAUUAACAUCAAUCCCAACACAACCAACUUCACUGGCAGCUGCCAUCCUCAAACUGCUCUACUUAGGCUGAGCAGCAGCAGCAUCAAGUAUCUGGACUUUGUCUUUGCUGUGAAAAAUGAAAACCGAUUCUAUCUAAAGGAGGUGAACGUCAGCAUGUAUUUGGUUAACGGCUCUGUUUUUAGCAUGGCAAAUAACAAUCUCAGCUACUGGGAUGCCCCCCUGGGAAGUUCUUAUAUGUGCAACAAAGAGCAGACUGUUUCAGUGUCUGGAGCAUUUCAGAUAAAUACCUUUGAUCUAAGGGUUCAGCCUUUCAAUGUGAUGGAAGGAAAGUAUUCUACAGCUCAAGACUGCAGUGCAGAUGACGACAACUUCCUUGUGCCCAUAGCGGUGGGAGCAGCCUUGGCAGGAGUGCUUAUUCUAGUGUUGCUGGCUUACUUUAUUGGUCUCAAGCGCCAUCAUGCUGGAUAUGAGCAAUUUUAGAACCUGCAGUCUGAUUGAUUAUAUAAAAAUACAUGCACAUAACAAGAUUUUCUUCCCUUUCAGUUUUGAAAUACUUUGUUCUUUUAGAUUGAUAUAUUGAAACUUUAAUUCUUAAAUCAGUCCCAGCAUUUUGAGAUAAUUCUUUAUUAAUAAAAACCGUUAAUAGAACAGCAUAAAUUUUUUUAAAAAUGUUGUAUUUACUGGUCCUGAAGACAAACUUGUUGAAAAGAACAUCGGUGUGCAGUGUUUUAAGGUCUAUCUUAAGAAGCCUUGGCCACAUUUUGAUUCUAACUCAAGAUGCCUUAAACUUAUUAACAUGGCCAUUAUGAAGAUAAAAUAUGUAGUUGUCUCCUAAUGGAAUUAAUAAAUAUUGUUUCACUACCGAUGUUCUGUUUCAGUGUAUAAGAAUUAUCCUGAUUUAAGCUCAUCGCAGUGCCUUUGCAUAUAGUUCAUUAAAUAAAUGUUGAUGUGGCAUAAAUGCCCAUCAGAUGCUUAAGCUUGGUUUUCAGUUGAAUGUCCUCAGGACCAUCAGUAUUUUUUAGGUUAUGUGACUUUCUUUGAAGAUGAAGUCAGUAUCUUUGGCUUGUGAUUUUUCCCUAGGUAAAAAACAGACCCAAGAGGCUGCAACAGAGCUUCAACUGGCUUCAGAAUUAGAGUUUUCAAAAAACUUUCUUUUUCAGCAAUAAUAGACAGAAAGGAUUCAAGCAUAUUUAACCACUUGCCUUUUAAAAAAUGUUUCUCUCUUCCUUGGAUGCCUGAUUAGCAUUGCAAGACAGAAAUAUUCUAUGAACUAAUUAGGAGAGAUUGUGUUGUGUUUCUCUACCUCAUCUUGUUGGUCUCUAGAGCAUUAAAAUCUAUUUAGUGUUGUCAUCAGACUGGUACUUAUGAGCUGUAAGCAGCAGCAAUCUCAGAAGGGAGGCAGUGAAGCAAAGCAGCAACUCGGCUCCUGCCUUUUCCAAGACGGCCCCCUGUGGGGCAGAGCAUAGAUGGGGUGUAGACAGAAGCUGUUGGCAUGAAAAUGAGCUAGAUAUUCAGCCCCAGUUGAAGCACGCUCCAUGUUAGAAGUGCAGCACAGAUAUUGAAUGUAUAGACAAAUAAGAAGGAAGCUUAAUCAGUAGACUCGAGAAUUUCACAUGGAAGUGAUUAUUUUAUUAAUUCAUUCUGUGUCUAUAUUGGCUUGUUCAGAAUUUUUGUAAUUCACUGAUUACAGCAUUUUGGUAUCCAGCUAUCAGUCUCUGAAGGCUUUCAGUAAAAUACAGUAA